UACCGUAGUUUGUGUGUAUGCUGAUAGGGGAGUUGGGGGUAGCUACAUAUUUACGUUCAGUGGGAGCCGCCCUUCAUUCACCCACAUGGUUACCAACUGCUCGCCUUCGCGCCACUUUCUUAACCCCGCAAUCAUCUUUAAAAAGCCUUUCUGAGCUAUAAAUUGGCUCACUGUCGCUCCGGAGUUCACUUAGUGUUUUGUUUUCGUCCAGCGGAGCAAAAGUUUCGGGGAGAGUUGCGUGUUUAUAUGGCUCUUUUGUCGGUGGGAGACUGCACGGCAGCCCAAGCAAGUGAGCGAAGAUGGUGGAUUUGGCUGGUGAGCGCAUGUUUAUCGGUCCACCAAGAUAUAGGAGACUCCUUGGAAAAUGCAUCCAUUGAUGGUUAUCCUAGUCCUGGAGGAGGAAGUGUUGUAAAUCUGUCUUUGUAUUGCCAAAGUGCUUACAGUGCAGGUAGUACUAUGUGAUACCUACUGCAGUGGAGGCACUUAAAGCAAUACCCAGACUCAGGAUCUCAGACUAUUUAUUUUUUACAUGUCUUUUGAGUUACUGUCUUUGUGCUAAGGUGCAUCUAGUGCAGAUAGUGAAAUAGACUAGCACCUACUGCCCUAAGUGCUCCUUCUGGCAUAAGGGGCUGUGAUGUGCACCACCAGAUCAUUUAUAAUUUCUAAUUGGGCCCAAACAUCUUGCAGUUCUCUGCUAGUUUUGCAUAGUUGCACUACAAGAAUAGAUGAGUUGUGCAAAUCUAUGCAAAACUGAUGGUGGCCUGCUUGCUCUACACCUGUUCUGAUUUUUUUGGGGUGUGUGUGGGGGGGUGUUGUUGUUGUUGAACUUAACCUGAAUGCAUAAAACAAAUGUUGAAAACAAGGAGUGUUUCACCCACUGACCACAGUUUCAGCAGUACUAAAGUGCUUAUAGUGCAGGUAGUGUUUUUCUCUAUCUACUGCAAUGUAAGCACUUGAAGUAUUUCUAACUGUAUCUGACUGGAGUCUGAGGUAAACAUUGAGGACAAAACCGUUAAUUGUCACUUGGUCAGUUUUGCUGGUUUGCAUUCAGCCUUAACAGAUGUGUGCUGUGCAAAUCCAUGCAAAACUGACUAGGUUGAUGGUGUUUGCUGCCAAGUUGAACUGCCUUUUUACUGAUUUGGUGGAUAAAUUGGGUGUUUCUGGGAGUUUCAUGAGAAGAUGUCCUGUCUAGUGCAGGUGGGGAUUUGUAGCAAUGCUGUGGUCCUGGAGGUAUUGCACUUGUCCCGGCCUGUACAGGAACAAGGAGAUGAGCUGACCACGAUCUUCACAUGAGCACAUUUCAUAACCGUUGCAUGCAUGUGCUGUAAAUAAAGUCUGUGCACUUAUUUGGAUUUAUUGUGUGUGUGUAUGUGAUCAUUUUGUUUGUAUUUUGAUCAUUAAAGUUGACUUUUACUUUAAAUUUCAGCCCAAGCUUUUUAUUUAUUUAUUUUUACUUGCACCUAAAACAUAAACAUUAGAAAAAGUUUGGUUUGGAAAAACAAGCAUUUGAGUAGAUUUUUGUACAUCUGACAAUUUAUAUUAUCCGUAGGCCUAUAGGCAUUUUUUGGUAAGUUUAAAAAACGACUUCUUACCAUUUUGUCUAUUCAUUGUGAUCUAGUUUACGGAGGGUGUAAUCUGGAGGGCUGUGUAGGAGACAGAAAUAUUAGGAAUACAUGUAGAUGGUAUUUAAGUCUAAAAUGGUCAGAUAGGGUACUUUACCUGGCAAUCUUGUGUUUGUUUAUAUAUGAAAAAAGUCCAAGUAAUUCUGGUUAAUUAAAUAUUUAGCUAAAUAAAAAUUCCCUUUAUUUUGGCUGGUCCACAGCAACAACUGGUACUACAGCGACUGUCCGCUAGAUGUCGCUGUCCUACAGCACUUCGGGAUCCAGCUUCCCCGCGCAGGUAGUAGCGCAUCACAGUACCGCCUCUGUUGUCGGUCCAACCAAGCUAAAUGCUGCUUUCAGUCAGACACGAAACAACCUCGAAACUUUGUUUCACCUGAAAGAUUUUGAAAGGCUUAUCCGGACAAAAAUAAACUCGUGCUUUCUAGCUCCUGAAAUGUGGACUCACCUGACACGCGCCGUCGUCCAGGUUGAAGAGAAACCCUAACUUCCAACAAGCUGCUUUUUCUUGGGAUUUUUUUCACCCUUUAGUGUUUAAAAUGAGUAUGCUGUGGAGAUGCUGCCUUUUACUCUUUGUUUAUCGCUGCGCAUCAGGAUUCGGGUUGGACACAUGCGAUGAAGUCCGUAAAGUUUUUCAACUCCGGCAAAUCGGACCUAAUAAAUUAUUGCCAUCAAGUCCCGUACCAGGUUCAGAUCUUCAGGUGUGCACAUCCCAAAACCUGACGUGCUGCACCAAAAAGAUGGAGGAGAAGUACCAGUUGGCAGCCCGCAGAGACAUCCAAAAUUUCCUGCAGGCAUACAGCAAUGGCCUCAACCUGCUCCUUACACGCAAUGUGGCUUCUUUUCAAGAGAACUUUGAUGUUUUAAUGAGGCAGGCCGAGAACUACACCAACGCCAUGCUCCAGGUGUCGUAUCAGAAGAUGUUUGAUCAGGCCUCAGAAACAGUCAGGGAACUUUUCACCGACGUCGGGCUCUUCCUCCUGGGCUCUGAGCUUAACGUUGGUGAGUUUGUGCAGCGGUUCUUCGACGCCCUCUUCCCGCUGGUCUACAGUCACUACAUAAAUCCAGGAGUGGAUGACUUAUCGCCGGUUCACGCUGAGUGCGUCAGGUCAGUCAGUCGUGAUGUUAGGCCUUUUGGUGCGGCGCCGGACCUCCUUGCCGAUCAGAUUACUCGCUCUGGAGUCUCUGGGAGGCUUCUGCUUCAAGCGCUGCAUCUCGGCAUCGAGGUCAUCAAUACCACAGACCACUUACAGCUGAGCCGCGAGUGCAGACGGGCCCUGCUCAAGAUGCUCUACUGCCCUCACUGCCAGGGCUUAACCCAGUCCAAACCCUGCAUGGGUUACUGCCUGAAUGUGAUGCGGGGCUGUUUGGCGAGCAUGGCGGAGAUUGACACCCACUGGAGGGAGUUUGUUAGCUCGCUGGAGGGCCUGUCAGCGAAAAUGCAUGGAGAUCAGGAUUUGGAGCAUGUGCUUCUGGGAGUUCACAUGACACUUCACGAUGCUGUCGGACAAGCCGAGGAAAGCAGAGCUCGCCUCUCCACACAGGUUUACAAAUGGUGCGGCCCGCCUAGCAGGAAGCGCGCACCGUCAGUCGGCAUCCAGGAAAGCGGCAGUCAAGUUUCCAUCCCGCUUAAAGCAUCUAUCAGAGCAGUAGGAGACUCUCUCGCUGCGAGGAGAAGAGACUUUGUGAACAGCCUUCGUCACUACCGCACGUUCUAUGGCGACCUGGCAGAUCAGCUGUGUGCGCGCGAGCUUGCGUCUGGUGACAUGCCCUGUUGGAAUGGAACCCACACCGUGAAAAGGUGUGUUUUAAGCGUACCACUGGCAGAUAAGACUAAACAGCAAACACAGAAGUGGUUUACGAGAUCAUUUCUAAUCGACACACGCUUGACUUGACUUCCCCCUUGGGGCAAGGAGCAUACAUUUAAUCAUCCAGGAUGGUGAUAUAAACUCAUCUGUGGAGCUUUCAUAUGUACAUUUAGUAAUACUGGGAUACAUGCACCAGUCAUACAUGUAGUCUGCACAAACAUAACUCCUGUGUCAUCUGUUAGCUGUUGCCAGCAUAGAUCUGGUGUGUGGAUGGAUGUGAGGUAGAGCCGGCACACUCUGGCCUCUUUCUUGAUAUCAGUCAGUCGCAUUGUCUCCAUUACAUCACAGUCCUCCAUCUUACGCACGCUGUCAUCACUCAAGGACCCCCAUCACUGAUUGUCAAUCUGGGGUUGUUUCUCUUCCCUGUCAGCGGCUCUUGGCACCAGCAGGUGGGCCGCUCAGGUGCUCCAAGCUCAGGUCUAAAUUAGAGCAGAUGACAGCUGCUAGUGGGGCUGGUGGUGUGUGAGUGUGUGAAAUGGGUUCUAGCUAGACUUUUGCAUGAUAGGUUUGCGCUUAAAACUGUAGACAGAUUUUUCUUCAAGGUGUACCUUUAUUCUGGUGUUUACAACCUCCCUCAAGGCCCUAACGCUGUCUGACAAAUGAGGAAGGCCAGGAGACUUGUGUUGUGUGGGUGUCUUUUCAGCCAUUUAAGCCUCCUUUCUCUAUAACCAUAAUUCGUAUCGAUAGAUUCUCCUCACCUCGAGUCCAAUUAGCUUCAUUUGGAUUCAGCCAUUAGUGAAAAAGUAGAAAUUAAGAGACAUUAAGGAGCAAGGCUCUGAGGGGACUAUUGAGCAGAAUGUCUGCAGCUAAGCAGGGCUCUUGCAAUCCUGUGCUGCUUUCUGUUGCCCUCCAACAUUAGAUGAGUGGCUGGGAGUCAACACAGGCUGAGACAAAAGCAAUAAAUAACCUCCUGCCUACGGGUCAUAACCCAACAUCCACUGAGAGAGAGGAGGGAAUAAAACUCACUGCUGGAUGGUGGCUGAUUUACAGAAGCUUAUCGAGGCCUCAGAGACCUUAAACGAUUGGUUCGGUUGAUGUGUGGUUGUGUGUAAGAAGCUGUGCUUUGGAGUGUGCACGUACACUCUUUAAUAUAAUGUGUGUGUGUGUGUGUGUGUGUGUGUGUGUGUGUGUGUGUAUGUGUGUGUGUGUGUGUGUGUGCGUGCGUGCGUGCGUGCGUGUGUGUGUGUGUGUGUGUGUGUGUGUGCGUGCGUGUGUGUGGGCGCACAGAUUGAUUCGUUGGCUCAAAGAAGCAAUAAGUUGCACUGGAGCUUUGCUUUUUUUUUUAAUAAAAAACAGGAAAGCUAAAAAAAAGUAACCUCAGUUUUAAGGGAGAUUUAAUACAUGUCUUCUUCUGUGUGCCUGGUAAACGAAGAGAUGGAGAACAAUCAGAUAAGAUUACAAAAAGGAGGAAUAUGAAAGGAUUUCCUCUCAGUGUCUCAGUGAAUGCAGAUUAUUCAGCUUUAAUUCCUGGUAAGAACUCGUCUUCUGUUUCUUUGAUUUCUCAUUUUCAUGCUCAUACUAAAAACAUUGAACAAAUACAUUUCUGGGAAAGUAUUAAGGAGUACAAUGCUAUUAGUCUGAUUUUAAAUGAUCUCACAAUUAUUCUCGGAGUGUAUCUGAUUCUUAAAGUCAGACUGCAUUCAGAUACUUUUAUCAAACAUGAACAGAAACACUCUUUACAGCUUUGUUUAUUCACUAUUCACACUUUUAAAAUGUGAACCUAAACUCUUAUCAAUCUCACACUGACUAAUUAUGGACCAUUAAAUAAAUAUGAAUAAAUUAAGAAUUUUGUUAAAAAUUGCAACAAACCAGCCAAAGAAAAAAAAAGUGAAUUGGUUUAUUGGUCCGUCACUGAGAUCCUGCAGAAAAGAUACUGUUUGUGCUGGAGGACAAAAAAGAUGACUUUUGAUUAUUUCCAUGUUAUUUAC